AAUUGUGACCUGGCCCAGCAGAGUAUCGUUCAUAUUGUUCAGAGUUCACAGAAGAACAGUCAGAACAAGGAUGAGACAGAAGAUAACCAUGAUGGAGGUAUUCUAAAAACCUUGGAAAGAGAAUCUGAAAGUCUAACCCGUGUAGAUCUCAGCACCAGUAUCCUCCCGUCACUCUCUGCAGGGCUGGCUGUUAUCCUGGAUACUACAAAAAACAGCAUUUCUCUUCCCUCUGAAAAAACAGGUACAUCUAGUUACAACAGUUUUUAUGUUUUUUGCAAAAAUUUCUGCCAAGCUGUGAAGCCUGGGAAACUGAGGGUCCGCUGCAGUGUGUGUAAACAAGGAACACUGACAUUGGCACGGGGCCCAUCUUGCUGGGAUGAUGUGCUGAUUCCCAACCGGAUAAGAGGUGUUUGCCAGUCCAAAAGGUGCAAUGGAAACAUAGCGGAGUUUUACUUUAAAUGUGGAGCACACCCAACCGCUGACAGUGAAACAUCUGUGGCUUUGAACCUCGUUACAGCAAACAGUCGCUAUAUCACAUGUAUAACAUGCACAGAUAUUAGGAGUCCUGUGCUUGUGUUCCAGUGCGUGCAUCGCCAUGUCAUUUGCUUAGACUGUUUCCAUUUGUACUGUGUGACUAUGCUGAAUGACCGUCAGUUCAUCCAUGACCCAGAGCUUGGCUAUUCCCUCCCUUGCGUAGCUGGCUGUCCGGACUCCUUGAUUAAAGAGCUUCAUCACUUCAGGAUUCUGGGAGAAGAACAGUACAACCGCUACCAGCGCUAUGGGGCCGAGGAGUGCGUGCUGCAGAUGGGAGGAGUGCUGUGUCCAACCCCCGGCUGUGGAGCUGGUUUGCUUCCUGAACCAGGAGUGAGGAAAAUUGUAUGUGAACCAGGCAAUGGAAUAGGCUGUGGG